CCCUAGGGCCAUUUCUAGUUGGGAAGCCUAUAACACAGCGAAGGAUUCCAAUCAUUCCAUAAGACGUUUUAGUUUGUUGGUUUGAAAUGGAAGUUGUCGGUGCACCGAUCCGAGUUCAAUCUAUUGCAGAGAAGGAUCUAAAAGUGGAGGUGCCGCCGCAGUAUAUACAACCGCUGGAGAACCGACCUAGCAAGCCGAGUAACGGAAACGCCACUGAUCAUAAAAUCCCUAUGAUCAACCUCGGCGGCGAUAGGGAUGUGAACCUCCUAUGUAAAGAGAUCGGGAGCGCAUGCACAGAGUGGGGCGCCUUCCAUGUAAUUAACCACGGUGUUUCUACUACGCUGCUGGAUCAAAUAAGGAAGGUCGGAUCCUCCUUCUUUGAAGACUUUCCGAUGACGGAAAAGCUCCGGUACGCCUGUGAUUCCACUUCUCCUGCUUCUGAAGGCUACGGAAGCCGCAUGCUAGUUGCCUCCGAUGAUGCAGUCCUUGACUGGAGAGAUUACUUUGAUCAUCACACUUUCCCUCUUUCUCGUCGUCAUCCUUCUCGGUGGCCGCAUUUCCCUCCAAAUUACAGGGAAGUUAUUGGGGAAUACAGUGAUAAUAUGAAAGUCCUUGCUCUGAAACUUUUGGGCUUAAUCUCCACAAGCUUAGGCUUAUCAUCUUCCUUCAUUGAAGAAUCCAUGGGAGAAGUAUACCAAAACAUCACCGUGAGUUACUACCCAUCAUGCCCACAGCCUGAGCUUACACUUGGCUUGCAAUCUCACUCCGACAUGGGAUUCAUCACCCUUCUCAUUCAAGAAAACGUUGCAGGUCUUCAAGUAUCCAAGAAUGAUGAUUGGGUCACUGUAGAUCCUGUAUCUCAUGCCAUCUUUGUGAUCUUAGGUGAUCAAACAGAGAUCAUAACAAAUGGAGUUUAUAAGAGCGCUGUGCAUAGGGCCAUAACAAAUGGUGAAAAAGCAAGGCUUUCAGUUGCUACAUUCCAUGAUCCUGCAAAAACAGUGUCAGUGUCACCAGCACCAGGAUUGCAGCCACCUCCCAAGUAUCAUGAAGUUGUAUAUGGUGAUUAUGUUCAAUCAUGGAAUCGUUGCUUCAUUUACAAGGUUAACUUCAAGGAUAGGAGUGCUCAUAUAAUAGUUAGCAGGACAGAAGUACCACUUGGGGGCAACCUUGACAAAAGGUUCAUAUAA